AGAGACCAGACUACUCACGGAGCCACGCACCCUGCCAACAGUGACUGGGUUUUACUAUUAAAGCUGAUCAGCCUGGCUGAGCUUUUCAUUGUAGCCACGCCACUCCUUGGGCAUGUUCUUUCCCUCGACACGCUGCCAAAGAUGUCACAGUCCGACGCAGAUAGAAAGACGAUAACAUGACGGGGAACCCAACCAUCUACCUUCCCAGAUGCGUCUAUCUUCUCUGAGCACCGUUUACAGACUGGGUGCCGUUGGAGUAGACUGCUAGGGAAUAGUUUCGUGCGCUCUCCUCUCCUCCGCACGCCUCCGUCCUUUCCCUCGGCAAUGUUUUGUUUCAUUCUUCCAUUUCUCAACCCCGCCGUCUGUCAUUUAUGAACUUUUAGCGCCGCUGUGCAACAGUUUCUCCGCUCCCAGUGCGCGGAAGACUAUGAAGACCACGCGGAAAUGCCGCGCGUUGCUCUCGGUUGGACUCAACCUGGUCGCGCUGUUUUUUUCCACCACCGCGUUCAUUACGACGUACUGGUGCGAGGGCACUCAGCGCGUCCCCAAGCCCAACUGCAGCAAGCAGCGGCGGCACAACUGCAUCGACAGCGGCACGAACGAGACAGACAAGAGCAAGGUCCACUACAGCUGGGAGACCGGAGACGAUCGCUUUCUGUUCCGCCGUUUCCACACCGGGAUCUGGUACUCCUGCGAGGAGAACAUUCACGGUCCAG